GUAGGGGCAGCAAAAAUAAUGUAUGACUUGCAUUUUUAUCGAACAUCAGACAAAUUUAGCAGGCGGCACACAGGUAUGUUUCGCCACUGUCUCAGUUGUAUACAUCACAAGUCACAAUAUGCCAUCAGCCAAUUUCAACAAACACAGAUUGUAUGUGACAAGAUAAUCAGUCUUAACCUAGACUAACAAUCCUAGUGAUGAUCCCGACAGUAAGAGUUCCUGCCAACUUUGGAAGAGAAUUGAUAAACUCCCCAGUACAUGGUAACCUGGUGCUGAAUCUGAGAGAUGGAUCAGUGUUGAGGGUAAACUCAAUCAUAAUGUCCCUCAACAGUCCAGUUAUUGGAAAUAUGACCACCAAUCUUGGUCAGUCUUCACUAGAGAUGGACGACUUUAGUGUUGAAGCAGUACAUUGUUUUGUGGAUGCUAUGUACUCUGGUGAAUCUGAGAUGCUGGAGAGAGUAAACUUUGAGGACGUUAACAAGAUGGCCCACGUUUUUGGUGUGGGGUGGUUUAGAAAGAAAUGUUUAAAGUUCUUUAAAACACAUGUCUUGAACUUUGAAAACAAUUCUUAUGAGGAGAUUUUGUUUGCCUGCGAGAUUGCCAGUCGUGCAAACUUCAACUUGAAACAGAGCAAGUUUGUGGGGUUAUUUGUCAGAAACAUGACAUCCAGGAACAUUGGAAAAAGGCUAUUUCUACGGAAAUACAUGUCCAACUUUGCUGAGCUGUCAAAACGUCAGAUAGACAUGUCAAUUCAGAUAGCAGGUAGAGAAUUGAACAUUCUGUUUGAUUGUUUAAUAAGUUAUCUCACGUUUGGGUUGAAGUACACAGGAUUUGAUGAGAACUCUCUGUAUUUACUCGAACAAGUAGAUAUGAGGCUAUUUCAGCAAAGAUAUCCGGACCAGUUUGUUGAAGUAGUAGACCUGAUGACUGAACUGUCGGGAGGAUCUGAGAGUAGUAAAGUGAAAGAGUUGGUAGAAAAGGUGGUCAAGUUGAGGAGUGAAGGUGGUGGUUCUAAUGAGGUGCUAGAAGACAGUCAAUGUAGUGGAGAUCCAGAAGAUAGUGAUGAUGAAGAUGUACAGGAGAGUUGUAGACACGUUGCUAUCCAAACUGAUGAGGUUAAAAUAGGUCAGAUUGCUGUACAAACUGAUGAGGUUAAAACAGAUUGCAUUACCAUAGAAACUGAUGAGAUUAAAACAGGUUGGAUACAGCCUGUGAUUGGCACACACUAUCCCCUGUUACCAGACGAACCAGUACAGUUAAUAACAACAGAUAAUGAGUUACAGAGAGGUAUUGUUGUGUUGUAUACUCUACGUGUAGAGGGUAGUCCUUAUGAGAUGGUGUUUGCGAUGAGAUGUGAGAAUAUAAACACCAGUCAGUGGAGUUAUGUUAUUGAUAAUUGUACUGUAUUUAGUUAUAAUACACAGUACUUAGACAGUGUUCCACCUGACAAAGUAAAACACUGGAUUAUUACUAAAACUUGUACCCACCUAAAGGUUGUGUGUAACAAUGUGACAGUACUCAGCUUUAACUUUGCUACUGACUACUCAACAGGUUAUGAGACUAGUCACCAGGUUUGGUUGAGAAGAUUCAGUAAUUUGAGAUUCCUUAGCUAUUACAACAUGACUAAUAUUCUUUUAAGAACUGUAAGUUAAUGUACUACAAUCUGAACAACCUUAUGAACUGAUCGGUAAUAUUUCAAAAUGUUGUUACGAUUUAAUGUAUGUACUUAGACUAACUUACGUAUUGUAUACUUACGUAUGUUAUAUGUAUACUUAUAUACACUAUACAGUUAGUUUAUUUAAAGUCUGUUUUAAUUAAGUUCAGGUUUAAAUAGAAUUUCCUUAUUUCUAAUUAAUAAAUUCUGAGAACUCAUCGUCUAGUUUACCGAAAAUGAGUGAACUUCGAUUUUUAGGGGAGUUUUGGAGGAAACUGUAAUCUUAAAAUGUAGUACCAUUUUCAUUUACAUUGUCAAUCAGUAAUUAAUAUAUUUAUGAAUUUAAUCAGUUGUACUGCGAGGAUAUUUACAUCUUCCCACACUCAUGAUUGUCAAUUAUUUUGGCCCAUAUUGUUAAAUUUUCUGUAUCAAAAUAUCAAUAUCACUUGAUUUUUAAUAUCGAAUUUAUAACAAACUAAACUUCAGCAGAUCAAGCUGCUCUGGGUUUUAUUUCUUCAAGUUAUAAUUUUAACUGUGAGUCCAAUAUUUAUUGUGCUAUUUAAUUUUAGGAAGGAAUAAAUAGGCUCCCAGUAAAAAUAAACUUUCAGUAAAAAUCUUUAUUAGCUUAAUGUUUUACAAUUAAUAUUACGGUUGGAAGAGACCCUUCCUUUUUAGUUAUGAUUUAUAAUUUUAAGACAUUUUUCUCGAGUCUUCUUUUUAAGUGACAGUUACAAAAUAAGUUUACUGUUCUUAUUUUUGCUGUUCCAUGCUUUACACUACUUGUAUUUUUUGU